UCAGAGGACCACAGCUGAGUAAAAACACAGAGGAACUGUGCAGAGAAAGCAGAGUUUAUCAAAGGGCUAACACUCGUGUGUGUGACCACCCAGCCGUUGGUUGAAAUGCGACUGACUUUAAUCCUUUUGUUCCUCCAGCUGUGGGGAAAUGUGGAAUUUUCUUUAUCGCAGAACGUCUGUUCGAAGCUCCCAGACGUUCCUCACGCCUUUAUUUCAGAAGACACCCAAAAAGAAGAAUACCAGCCAGGAAAUGUGAUACACUUUACAUGUGACAUUGGAUAUGUAUCAGGUCCAACCAUCAGAUAUGUGUGCACAGACCAAGGAUGGCAUGUACUUUUUCAGGGAGCCUGCAACUUAAAACCAUGUGAACUUCCUGAUGACACUCCAAAUGGAUAUUAUGAAAUCAUCAAGGGUGAAGACUUUGUUUUUGGGGCAACUAUCAAAUACUUCUGCAAUCAAGGGUAUCAGAUGGUGAGUAAGGAUGACACCAGGACGUGUUUGCUGGACCGAUGGACCAAUCACGUGCCAAUAUGUGAUCCUCUGAACUGUGAACCCCCGCCUGAAGAUAGACGGAUUACAGUCAACGGUUUAUCUGGAAAUCAAGACCCCAUACUUCCUGACCGGUUCCUCACAUUUAGCUGUGAGGAACCUGGGACUUAUCUGAAUGGCAGCUCAAGGCUCAUAUGUGGUCACAAUGGAGAAUGGGACCAUGCAUUUCCAACUUGUGAAGACAUAACUUGUGCUCUUGGUGAAGUGCAUCCUCGUCUCACUGUAACUGGACUGCCAGCAGCAAAUGAAACAAUGAAGGUUGGACAUCAAUUACGAUUCCGAUGUGAUGAUCAGUACACACUGGAGGGGCCUGAAGUCGUUGAAUGUUUACAAAGUGGGCAGUGGAGUAAAGCCUUCCCAACAUGCUCAGAUAAAUGCAAAGUCACAGGUGUAUCACCCACCACUGUCGCAUCUCUACAAAACAACUACAAAGCAAGACAAGGACAAAUAAUACAGUUUCGGUGUCUUAAUACUUGGAGUGGGCAUGUUCUUCAUGGGAAUGCAACAAUUAAGUGUUUAGCUGGAGGAGAGUGGAGUGAUAGCUUCCCAACCUGUGGACCUCCUGCGGGUUGCAAGAGACCACCACACCUCACAAAUGGUGACACUGUUGGUAGUUCGAGAUCUCAGUACCAACAUAAUGAAAGGGUUCAAUAUACAUGCCAGAAUCUCUACAUCAUGGAGGGUACAGGUUAUAAAACCUGCAACAAUGGCCAGUGGAAAGGAGAAAUAAGAUGCCUCAAGCCCUGCACUGUCAACAGUGAGACCAUGAGCAGACACAAUAUUCGCUUCAGAUACGGUCACGAGGAAAAACUGUAUGCACCACAUAAUGGUGGAUUAACCUUCAAAUGUAUUGAGGGGACGAGACCUGUCCACCCAGCAAGAAUGCGCCGGUUUUGUGUUGAUGGUGUGAUGGACCUGCCAACUUGCCUCUGAAGUUUUUUUUAAGUAAACUACAGAACUACGUUGAUAGACCAAACAGGAAGUCAAAUCCUAAACUUCCUUCUCUUCUGUGUCAAGUGUUGUAAACUUUAAUAAAGAUUUUUGUGCA